AUGACUACCGCAUCGUCUGGUUCAGAGACCCAAGGACCUGUACCGGAGGAGUUGCGCCCGAACUACUGGGCACUACGCGGGCACCUCAAGGAGAGCCUGUUCGAUAACGUGACCGACUGCGAUAUCCAUAGCGACUUCGAUUUCGCGGAUCUGUCGGCCAUCUGGGACCAGGCUUUCGGUGAUGACCCAUGCGAGGUGCCGGCGCCGCUCACUGACCCUGUCUGGCAGACGCGGCUGGGGCAGAUUCUCUUCGAGUGGAUCAUGGCGACGGAUAGUCGGCUGCACGAGCGGGAGGAGACCCGGGAGUCUGCCUCAGCUCAAGAAGCUGUUGAUACCUCAGGACAAGAGUGA